AUGAAUCCUUUAAACAAGAUAAUCUUCCUUUCGGCAUUCUUAGCCACGGGAUUCUUGUUAAUACUACUUUCUGGAGCAUUGUUCAAUAACUGGACAACGUUAUGGAUCAUUUUCAUAUAUUUAAUUGCACCUUUACCCAAUUUAAUAGCAUCAUCCAUUGAAAACAGUAGAGACGAUUUCCUUACAUUCUCCAACGACCAUGGUAACAAUCCCACAUCAAUUCAAGAGUUCUGUAGAUUUAUAACAGGUGUCAUAGUUAUAAGUGGUAUAGGGUUACCAACUGUAUUAUUUAGAUGUAAAAUUAUUGAAUUUGGUAGUAUGCUCAUGAGUAUCAUAGGAGGUUUGAUUGUUUAUGUCGAUAUUAUUAUCUUUAUUUGGUUCUUCAGUGAAGAAGAAGAAGAGAAUGAUGAUUUCAAUUUCUAG